GUAAAUAAUUAAAAGUAUUAAAGAGGCGUAGUUUGAGGUAGCACUUCUGAGAAACAACAGCAAAAUCAGAAGGAGGCUGAGUUAGGUCCUGAUGGAGGUUGUGUGUGUGUGUGUGUGUGUGUCCCGGCGGCUACCUCCUUUCCCACGCCGUAGGUGAUGUAGUUGUAAGGCGAAGCAUCACAUGCAUCAUCAAAAAGCACGAGUUGCAAUUUGAAGUCACCCACCCACCCAUGGCCCGUUUUGGACUUGCACCACACACCACCACUUUUGACCCAUUUUGUUCUAGGGUGAGGAUAGGGAGGAGGCGGUUCCGUCCCCUCGGGUAUGCAGUGGACCUAUGUAUGUAGUGUAAGUGCAGCGUAGUAGUACCCAUUAUAGAGUUUUCUUCGAGGUUUCAGUGGGUUGGAUUCAUGCGUGUUACACGUGGUUGGCUGAUGGUUACCUACCUAGAGGUAGUCUGUUGGUUGUCUGGCUGUGUGAUUCCCCGUGCAGAGAGAGGCGUCUUGAGUUGUGUGUGUGUGUUGGCUCCCGAUCUUCCGCUCAAGACGGGAUGUGAGGAUGUGAAGAUGUAAUUUCCUCAGAAGAAACAAGAGAAGCCAAAGGAUCAAAUGCAAUGCAAGAGACUUGGGUUGGUAGCCUUUGCUGUUGAGGAGCAGGAUCGCAAUGGGUGGUGUAUGGGCAGCUAUAUGCAUGAUGAUGAGUUUGGUGACGGCUUCCACGGCGGUCUUCGCCCGAAAGAGGCAGAAAAAGUAACCAAUGGGCCUGUUGCCGAAAAUAGAUGUACGCUAGAGGAGUGGCAGUGCUUCGGAAUGUGGUGUACCUUUUUCAGCCUUCCCCGGAUGUUGUGGAUGACGUCGGAAAGGGCCGCAAUGGAGCGGGGCGCCCAGUCAGUGGUUCGCUGUCAUGAGAACCUCCCGGCCUUCUUGAGAGGAUCCAUCAUUUUGGCGGAGAAUAUUAGUGAGGGUUAUCAAUACUCCUGGUGGAGCAGGGGAGUAUACAGCGGGUGA